UACAAUCAGUCCGCCUACCUGACCGUUACAUUUCAGAGAAAUAGAAAAAAAAGAUCUGCGAUCAUGGCCGAAGGAACGAACCCUAGCAAUCAACCCCAGCCGGAGACGGUUAAGAUUCAGAGCGAGGAACAGAGGCUGAAGUACUUGGAGUUCGUGCAAGCUGCGGUGCUCCACGCCGUCAUCUGCACUGCGAAGCUCUACACUUACGCCAAGGAGAAUCUGGGCCCUCUCAAGCCCGGCGUUCAGACGGUGGAGGGUACCGUCAAGACCGUUGUUGGUCCGGUUUAUGAUAAGAUUCAUUAUCUUCCUGGGGAAGUGCUAAAGUUCGUCGAUCGCAAGGUCGAUGAAUCGGUCCAGAAGAUUGAGGACCAUGUCCCUCCAUCUGUGAAACAGGUAUCAACCCAGGCUCUGAUAACAGCACAGAGGGCUCCCUCUGUUGUUCGCUCCGUUGUUGCUGAUGUCAAAACCACCGGUGUGAUUGGAACUGCAUCUACACUGGCAAAAUCGGUGUACACCGAGUAUGAACCCGCUGCCAAGGGGCUAUACCUCAAGUACGAGCUUGUGGCUGAGCAAUAUGCGUCCUCAGCCUGGCGCUCCCUCAACCAUCUCCCUCUUGUUCCCAAGUUUGCUCGAGCCGUGGCCCCCACGGCUUCUUACUUGUCUGAGAGAUACAACCAGACUGUGCAAGUGGGCGCCCAGAAGGGGUACAAGGUCACUUCCUAUCUUCCGUUGGUGCCCACGGCUAAGAUUGCGCAACUCUUGAGUCCUGUGGAAACCAGCUGAAAGGGGUGUUUGUUCAUUUUUCUAUCUGCAGUUCUGUGUUGUGAUGCUUUUAAAUUUCCUUAUAUAUUUUCUUGCAAAAUAGACUGAAUGAAUGGCUGUAAGUUUGGAGUUGUAUUGUGGCUUACCCUUGCCGUACUGUGUUAUAAAACUAGUCCUGUUGCGUUACUGUGUUUCUUUACCUGUGCGUUUUUUUUAAUUCAAAGUUUGGCUUGGCAUGUUUAGGUGGAAUGCCCGUUCUCCGGAGAUAGUGAGGUGGUU